UUCCCUCUCUCUCUCUUUCUCUCUCUCUCUCUCAGAGAAGCCUUUUGUUUCUCUCAAACCUCUCUUUGCCUUGCUUUCCGAUCUCCACUUCUCUAUGUGCCUUGCUUUCUUCCAGAAAACGCUCAAGUCAGUCAAAUUGGUUUAGAUCUAUUCGGCGGGGGUUAAAACGGCAACGCUCUCUUGCUGAAAAAUAGCGAAUUUGGUCUCGAUUUGAAGAAAAUUUGAAGCCCAUAAAAGAUUGCAUCUCCUGCUGCCGAUGUGAUUUGGGAGAUUGGGUUUUUCGAGUUUGUGACUUUUCUUGAAGGCUGCGAGGACCUCUGUGUUUAAGUUGAAGUAGCUAAAGUUAAGAAAGAACAAUUGUGGCUUAAAGUCUUCAUAUUUGGAAGUUGAAUCUCAGUUCGAUUCUACCAACCGCCGCAACCGUUCAGACUUUCCCAAAGAUGUGAUUUAUUUUGUGUAAAAUUUUUGGCACCAAAACGAAAUUAUGGCAUUGAGGAAGAAAUUGUGCGAGAGAUCCAAUUUCAAUGGCAAAAUUAUGGACAGCUUUGCAAGGUAUUACAGCUCGAAGAUGGACUUAAGGAAGCUAAAGCCUAUGAUUCAAAAGAGAAUCCAAAACCGAGCUAAAGAUUACCCAGUGCCGGCCAUGUUACCAGUUGCCCAGGAGGUCCUUGAUUCCCGGAGGCUCGUUAUGCAAGGUGUCUCUACUCUCCUCAAAAUGGUACCAGUUUUGGCCUGCAAGUUCUGUCCAGAAGUAUAUAUAGGUGAGAAAGGCCACUUAAUUCAGACUUGUUGUGGCUUCAAACGUCGUGGCAAAAAUCGAGUUCAUGAAUGGAUAGUUGGUGGUUUGAAAGAUGUGCUUGUUCCAGUAGAGGCAUUUCACCUCAAGCACAUGUUCCAGGAUGUUAUAAAACACCAUCAGAGGUUUGACUUUGAACGUGUUCCUGCAGUUGUCGAGCUAUGCUGGCAAGCAGGGGCACAUGAUGGAAAUCAUUUAAAUUGGAACUCUGAAAGGGAUUGUGUUGGCGUUGAUGGAGCUGAGUCUUUGUCAUCUGAUGAACUGAUUCUGGUUGCCAGUGGAACUUUGAGGGCAUGGGAAAUACUUAGAAAUGGCGUGGAGAAGUUGCUGAUGGUUUAUCCAGCGAAAGUCUGUAAACAUUGUUCAGAAGUUCAUGUUGGGCCAUCUGGGCAUAAGGCUAGGCUUUGCGGAAUUUUUAAGUAUGAGAGUUGGCAGGGAACCCAUUUUUGGAGGAAGGCAAAUGUAGAUGAUCUUGUAACUCCAAAGACUGUAUGGCGGCGGCGUCCUCAGGAUCCUCAAGUGCUUUUGAAUGAAGGGAGGGGAUUUUAUGGGCAUGCUCCGGCAGUAGUAGAACUAUGCACACAGGCAGGUGCCAUUGCACCUCCAAAGUAUCACUGCAUGAUGAAACUGCAGGGUGUAAGUACCAUACUUGGAGAUCAAAGGUCGCUCCACCCGAAUGAUCAAAUGUAAAUGCCUGUUGAUUCGAAGGUAGAAUAUUGAACCUAGCAGAAGCUCCCCAGGACUGUUGCAUUACAGAUGUGUGUAGAAUUGCUUAUAGCUGUAACGCUUGAUGAUCUGAAAUGGGAAAACGAAACACCACAAAAGCUCCCUUUGGAUGGUCUGAUCUUCAUUCUUGAAAAUGAUUGUAACAUCCGAUGACUGACAACGGAGUUCAAGAUGGGUCGCAAAAUCAACUGAACGCGUAUUGCCCCCUUCAGUUGGAGCAUGAAAGAGCUGAUCGAAUUUUUAGCUUUGCCUUAGCUAUGCAUGCAGAAACAGGAACGCGGAAAUUUAAUUCAGCUUUUCUUGUAUUUAAUGAUGUUUUAGAUGGUUAAUUCAACUUAAUAAAUCAUUGGAACGCAUAUUACUUAUGCUUCUCUGUA